GUUUUGGGGCGGUUUGGGGUCCGGGACCCCCCAAAUUUGUGGGGUUUUGGGGCGGAUUGGGGUCCGGGACCCCCCAAAUUUGUGGGGUUUUGGGGCGGUUUGGGGUCCGGGACCCCCCCAAAUUUGUGGGGUUUUGGGGCGCUUUGGGGUCCGGAAUCCGCGCCCCCUGGCGCCCCCCUGGCGGACCCUUCCCGCCGCCCAAAUCUCGCGAGAUUUCCCGCGGAGGUGGUGGGGAGGGGUUGCGGCAGAUCUCGCGAGAACUCGCGCGGGGCACCCGGGCUGAGGCGGAAGCGCCGCUCUGCCGCCAUUGCUCGCUCCCUUUCGGGCUCCCGCCGCCGCAAGCGGCACCGGCACCGGGACAGGCACCGGGCCCGGCACCAGGACAGGCACCGGGCCCGGCACCGGGCCCGGCCCGCAGCGCCGCGGCGCCGCCAUGGAGGCGAACGCGGCGAAGCGGAAGGAGCCGCGCAAGGCGCUGCGGGUUAAAGUCAUCUCCAUGGGCGACGCCGAGGUGGGCAAGAGCUGCAUCAUCAAGCGCUACUGCGAGAAGAGGUUCGUGUCCAAGUACCUGGCGACCAUCGGGAUCGACUACGGAGUCACCAAGGUGCAGAUCCGGGAUCGGGAGAUCAAGGUGAACAUCUUCGACAUGGCCGGCCAUCCCUUCUUCUACGAGGUGCGGAAUGAGUUCUACAAGGACACGCAGGGCGUGAUCCUGGUGUACGACGUGGGAUCCAAGGAAUCCUUCGAUUCCCUGGAUUCCUGGCUGGCUGAGAUGAAGCAGGAGCUGGGCCCCCAUGGGAGCAUGGAGAACGUCGUCUUCGUCGUCUGCGCCAACAAGAUCGACGCCGGGAAGCUGCGGGUGGUGGACGAGAGCGAGGGGCGGCUCUGGGCCGAGAGCCGCGGCUUCCUCUACUGGGAGACCUCGGCCCAGAGCGGGGAGGGCAUCCAGGAGAUGUUCCAGACUUUCUACUCGGCCAUCGUGGAUCUGUGUGACAACGGCGGGAAGCGGCCCCCGGGCGCCUCCGGCAUCGGCUUCACGCGGGAGCAGGCGGAUGCGAUCCGAAGGAUCCGGAACAGCAAGGACAGCUGGGACACGCUGGGGGUCAAACCCGGAGCCAGCAGGGAGGAGGUGACGCGGGCGUACCCCCAUUCCCGGUUUCCAUUCCCGGUGUCCCGUUAUUCCCAUUAUUUCCGGUUUUUAUUCCUCCGGGAGGAGGUGACGCGGGCGUACCGCCAUUCCCGGUGUCCCGCAUUCCCGGUUUUUAUUCCCGGUUUCCAUUCCCGGUUUUCAUUCCCUCGGCAGGGAGGAGGUGACGCGGGCGUACCGCCAUUCCCGGUUUCCAUUCCCGGUGUCCCGCUUUCCCGGUUUCCAUUCCCAGUUUCCAUUCCCUCAGCAGGGAGGAGGUGACGCGGGCGUACCGCCAUUCCCGGUGUCCCGUUAUUCCCGGUUUUUAUUCCCGGUUUUCCGCAGGGAGGAGGCGACGCGGGCGUACCGCCAUUCCCAGUGUCCCGUUAUUCCCGGUUUUCAUUCCCGGUUUCCAUCCCCUCAGCAGGGAGGAGAUGACGCGGGCGUACCGCCAUUCCCGGUGUCCCGUUAUUCCCGGUUUUUAUUCCCGGUUUCCAUUCCCGGUUUUCAUCCCCUCGGCAGGGAGUAGGUGACGCGGGCGUACCGCCAUUCCCGGUUUCCAUUCCUGGUGUCCCGUUAUUCCCGGUUUCCAUUCCCUAGGGAGGAGGUGACGCGGGCGUACCGCCAUUCCUGGUGUCCCGUUAUUCCCGGUUUUCAUUCCCGGUUUCCAUUCCCUAGGGAAGAGGUGACGCGGGCGUACCGCCAUUCCCAGUGUCCCGUUAUUCCCGGUUUUCAUUCCCGGUUUUUAUUCCCCAGGGAGGAGGUGACCCGUGCCUACCGCCAUUCCCGGUGUCCCGUUAUUCCCGGUUUUUAUUCCCCAGGGAGAAGGUGACACGCGCCUGCCGCCAUUCCCGUCAUUCCCGGUUUUUAUUCCCGGUUUUCUCUCCGCAGGGAGGAGGUGACGCGGGCGUACCCCCAUUCCCGGUUUCCAUUCCCGGUGUCCCGUUAUUCCCGUUAUUCCCGGUUUUUAUUCCCCAGGGAGGAGGUGACGCGGGCGUACCGCCAUUCCUGGUGUCCCGUUAUUCCCGGUUUCCAUUCCCAGUUUUUAUUCCCCAGAGAGGAGGUGACGUGGGCGUACCGCCAUUCCCGGUUUCCAUUCCCGGUUUCCAUUCCCGGUUUCCAUUCCCGGUUUUUAUUCCCCAGGGAGGAGGUGACGCGGGCGUACCGCCAUUCCCGGUUUCCAUUCCCGGUGUCCCGCAUUCCCGGUUUCCAUUCCCAGUUUCCAUCCCCUCGGCAGGGAGGAGGUGACACGGGCGUACCGCCAUUCCCGGUGUCCCGUUAUUCCCGGUUUUCAUUCCCGGUUUUCCGCAGGGAGGAGGCGACGCGGGCGUACCGCCAUUCCCGGUGUCCCGUUAUUCCCGGUUUCCAUUCCCGGUUUUCCGCAGGGAGGAGGUGACGCGGGCGUACCGCCAUUCCCGGUGUCCCGUUAUUCCCGGUUUUCAUUCCCGG